AUGUACGGGCUGCUACUAGAGAACAUGGCGGAGUAUAUACGCCAGACUUACGGCGAGGAGAGAUGGGAGGACAUCAGACGGCAGGCGGGCGUCGAACAACCAUCAUUCUCCGUGCACCAAGUCUACCCAGAGAACCUCAUUACAAGACUAGCAAAAAAAGCGCAAGAGGUGCUUGGCAUAUCAGAGCGUGAAUUCAUGGACCAAAUGGGAGUAUACUUCGUCGGUUUUGUGUCCCAAUAUGGAUACGACAGAGUCCUGUCGGUGCUCGGCAGACACAUGAGGGACUUCCUGAAUGGACUGGACAACCUCCACGAGUAUCUCAAGUUCAGCUAUCCGAGAAUGCGUGCGCCUAGCUUCAUAUGUGAGAACGAAACUCGCCAGGGACUAACGUUGCAUUAUAGGUCGAAAAGGCGCGGCUUUGUUUAUUAUGCCAUGGGACAAAUAAGAGAGGUGGCCCGACAUUUCUACCACAAGGAGAUGAGGAUAGAGCUCCUUAGAGAAGAGCUCCUCUUCGAUACAGUCCAUGUGACCUUCCAGUUGACAUUUGACAAUAGGGCAUUCACCCUGGCAUCGCUGGCGAUGACACGGGAGGAAAAACAUCUGCCAAUUAGCGCGUCCGUGCUUUUCGAAAUAUUUCCGUUUUGCAUCGUUUUUGGAUCAGACAUGGUGGUGCGGAGUAUUGGCAACUCCUUAAUGGUCAUACUUCCGGAUUUGGUGGGCAAGAAAAUCACCAACUGGUUCGACCUGGUCCGACCACUCAUCGCGUUCAAAUUUCAAACAAUCUUAAAUCGUACUAAUAAUAUAUUUGAGCUGGUGACAGUGGAGGCGGUGAUUCACGAAAAGGCAUCAGACAAGAGGAACGAACUACUGCGGCUCUCAGACGAGUCUGACGGCACCACAGACAAGAACCUGAGGCUAAAAGGUUCGUUCAUGACGUCACAAUUACAAGGUCAUAGUAAUAAAUAUUUGUCCGAAACUUUGUAUUGAUAUCAGAGCCACUUACAGCGGCUAUUAUUUCUAUAAACUAUUAUUCCAAUAACCAAAUGAAGGUUUGUAUAUUAAAAUUACGUAUUUUUUAUCUCAAGAGCGUAUAUAAUUUUCGCAGUCGCAAUAGUUUCACAGGGUUUCGCUCGUGUACUCGAAUGCGUUGGUUAGAGGGAGAUUGAAUAGAUUUACACACUAAAUCUAACAUUUCGUUUUAUUUACCUUGAUUCUAUCACAUUAAGUGCUUAAGACGUUUAGGAUGAUCAGAUAAUUUAAACGUUAUCAAGUUUAUUUGAAUAAUAAAUGCAAUAACCUUCUUUUUUGAAAUAGUUUAUAGUAAACAAACACUAUUGUCUAAACGCUUUAAAAGAGCAUUGAAAUAUAUUAUAUGAAACUGAAAUCUUCUCAGUUUCUCAGUAUUUUGUUAAGGAGUAACGUCCGAAUUGAGAAACAUCCUAGAUCGACCUGACUAUAGCAGAUUUAUAGAAAAUUAUAUUUAUGUAUAGUUCGCUUAAAUACAGUCAUUGUUAAUAGAUAAACACAAACGAGUAACGGAGAUUUACCCUCAUAAUCCCGAAAGCUUCCUAAGAGGCACGGUCUCACUUUCGCGGAGAUAAAUGUGAUAUAUUAAAUUCUUGAUACAUUUAUAAGUAACAGCUCAUCAACAGAUAAAACAGAUUAGGUGAUCUUUCUUUGAACAGACUAACACAACAUAAUUUACAAGAUAAAAAGUAUAGGAUAGAUAACGUAUUGAUAUUUAAAUGUUGAAAAAUAUCCUGGGCAAAAAAAUGGUUUCAAUGAUCCUGUGCAAAAGCACUCAUGAUUAAAUUCACUUGCCAUAUUUGGUCUUAGAUUGGACUGUCUAGUUUAAUUUUUACAGGCAUGCCAAAGAAGAAGCGAUAUGCUUACGAUGGGAGAAGGUUGCCUGAUAUUAUAAAUUUACAUCUAAAAGGUAGACUUGUAAAAACGUAGUUUUAGAAACAUACAGGUGACUUUUUUCCUCUUUAAAACUAUUGUAAGACAUAUGAAAGAGAUCUAAAUGUAUGUGUAAACACCAUUAAAUCGUCCAGAUAAAUAUAUAAGUACACUGGUUAUGUAUUAUAAAACACAUUUCAAUGAAAAUUAGAUAUCUGAUUGCAAUACCACAAUUUUGAACCCAAAAUGCACUAUUAGGUACCUACUGUUAGAGCUUGGGUGUGAAAUUGCACUUUAGUUUUUAUUAGCACUGACUAAAUAGGUAUUAUUCGAAAUUCCAACGCAUUGUCCAUACCAUAAUACUAUGUUAAUUUUAAAGUAUCAUUGUUAUUGUCAUUUAUUCUAAUUAGUUAUUUUUUACUGUAUUUGCACAAAUGUAUUUUGUUGCACCAUUUGGUACAUUAAUUUUAUGUUCCCCUUCUGACUUAUAUUCUGAGCUAUACUAUAGUCAUAGUCAUAAUAUUUAUUGCUCCAUGUUGGUACAUAUGUUCUUACAUAUAAAUUAUCCUCAACAUGUGUCCUGCAAGAACAUUGCAACGCAUUACACUGUACGGAAUAGCUUUUCUUCCCGAAUCUUCUUGAUUAGUUUUUAGACGACUACAAUAUAAUUACACCUUCUGCAAAGAAAUAUCAUUUUUUAAUUUGGAUGUUAUUGAAAUAGAGUAUUUAGUAAGAUAUAAAAAUAUCCAGAACAUUACUAUUCCUCUAAGUAUUUGUGUAAUGCCUUCAGGUCAAAUGAUAUACAUGGACAAUUGGCGUAUGAUGAUGUACUUGGGCACUCCAGUGAUGCCAGAUCUCGCGGCAUUGGUCUCCACUGGUCUUUACAUCAAUGACUUGUCGAUGCAUGACUUCAGCAGAGAUUUGAUGUUAGCCGGUACUCAGCAGUCUGUGGAACUAAAGCUAGCAUUGGAUCAGGAACAACAGAAAAGUAAAAAACUGGAAGAAUCUAUGAGGAAACUUGACGAAGAGAUGAAGAGAACGGAUGAACUUCUAUAUCAGAUGAUACCGAAACAAGUAGCUGAUCGUCUAAGAAAUGGGGAGAACCCCAUCGACACCUGCGAGGUAUAGUACAGCUCAUCAGACUACACAAAACUCUCAUCAUUUCCCAGUUGAUUUUAAACCUUGAAACAUUCAACGUAGAGGUCAAAAUCCGUUGCUGAAAUUUUACGUAAUGUGGUAACCUGACGUGCAGCCGUGUAUACAUUCAUUUCCAUAAAGUUUUCUACAUCCUUUAUAAAGGAAGUUAAAUAA